CCGGGACGGGAUGGUUCCCAUGCGGCUGAAGACAGUACCGGGAAGGGCUGGGGCAUGCUGGGCUUUGCUGAUGUAACGGGCUCCCUGCAAUUUUCAUUCAACUCCGGUUGGCUGUGCGCUGGCAGAGCCUCAGAUACGCCUCCCGCUCAGAUGAGGUCAUCCCUGCUUUUUUUUUUUUUUUUUCUUUGCUUCUCCCCCUCUUUUGGGCUGCUUCAGAAAGAGUCUGCGGAGUCAGACACGUUUAAGGUCAGCGUGCUAAUCCCCACACCACGGCAAACCUCUGGGUGCAGGAACCCCCUCCAGCCCCAGCCCCCCCCCCGCUACACUUUCCCAGCACCAUCACAGACCCUGCUCUCCCUUUAAAGAGAGAGGAGGAGCAAAGGGAAGAUGAGUUUACCGCAGUGGAUUUUAUAAUUGACUCUCGCGUCCAAGUCAGAGGGGAGUGUUUGCUGGCAAGACAUUGCAGAGCUGCCCGGGCCUAACACGAGUGUAAAGUAUCUCCAGGACGGAAGAAACUCCAGACCCUGCCGCUGCCAGAAGUGAAACUACUCGCCCUGCCCGGUCGCUUCGUCCCUUCCCCGCCCUCCCUCCGAGUGCCAUGCAGGGAUGCAGCCAGCCGGCAGAGGACGGGGUAGGUCCCCCCGGCUGUCAGUCAGCGGGGGCUGCCCGGCUCGGGACGAGCGGAUCCCAAAAUAAGGACUGACCCGGGCGGGGAGCAGAGCACGCGUGGCCGGGGGCGCCCGGCCCCGGCCCCGCACCUGCGUGGGAGCAUCGCCCGCUCGGCAUCGCCCUCCCUCCGGCCCCCGCCGCCGGGUAAUCCCGCGCUACCUCCCGCGGAGAGCUGCCCGCUAACUUCGGCGCCGGCCCCAGCUCUGCGCCCGCACGGCUGUGGGCAGGAUGGGGUUUGCAGCAUCCCCCCUCUGCCCCGGGGGCAGCGAGCCCCUUCCUCCUCUUCCUCCUCCCACCGCCGAGCCCCGCGCUGGAGCCCCUUUGGCACAGCCUCCCCGCCAUGUCCUGCCGGGGGCGGGGAGCCCGCUCCGGAGCGCCUGAGAGCGGGGCGAGCUCCCGCUCCAGCACCGCGGGCAGCUCCCGGCCCCGGAGCCCCGGCCCCGCGCGGUGCCGCCGAGCUCGGCAGGGACGCGGUGCCCGGCUCCGGAGCUGCUCCGCGCCUCGGCGCUGCGGCUGUGGCCGGCAGCCCCCUGCUGUGCGUGGCAGCACGCCGUUCUGCCGAGAAGGACGCCGAGAUCCCCCCGCACACACGCACUGCCGCCCGCCUCUCCCACGGAGCCAGAAGAGGGCUUUUCUCUAGGCUCGGAGUCUGCUCGUCUCCUGUGGAUCGGGAUUUACAAGCUCGGACGGUGCCUGGUUACAGCGGUGGAGGAGUCUACGAACCCCGAGGUCUGCUACAGAGUUAGAAAGAAACCUCGAAUCUGUCGCGCUGUGGAGGGGUGGAAAAAACCCUAUACAACCUGCAAACCCAGCUCAAGCCUUUCUGCCUCCCUGCAACCAACUUUACACCCCCACCCCCCCCACCCCCCAACGGCGAGAAUUCCCUCCUUUCCUCCUCCCUUCACGCUCCUUCCUUUGGAGACUGUAGGAUGAGGCAUUUCCUUCUAUCUGGCUCAGGGUAAAAGCGUACCCUGGGGGCAGCAAUACACAUCUGGCAGGGACUGAAAGGUUUUAAUCCGGCCCCUACUGCAAUCAACAAUGGCAAAUGAACCGGUGAUUCUGAAUGUUUAUGACAUGUACUGGAUAAAUGAAUACACCUCCACCUUGGGGAUUGGUGUCUUCCAUUCUGGCAUCGAGAUCUACGGCAGAGAGUUUGCCUAUGGAGGGCAUCCCUACCCUUUCAGUGGGAUUUUCGAGAUCACACCUGGCAGUGCAGUAGAACUUGGCGAGACCUUUAAAUUCAAAGAAUCCAUUGCCUUGGGCACUACAGACUUCACAGAAGAGGACGUGGAUAAGAUUAUGGAAGAGCUGGGCAAGGAGUACAAAGGAAACGCAUACCACCUGAUGCACAAGAACUGUAAUCACUUCUCUGCUGCUUUGGCUGAGAUACUAUGUGGGAAAGAGAUUCCCCGCUGGGUGAACCGCCUGGCCUACUUCAGCUCGUGCAUCCCCUUCCUCCAGAGCUGCCUCCCCAAGGAGUGGUUGACCCCAGCAGCCCUGCAGAGCCACAUCAGCCUCGGCCUCCACAAGGAGGAGCAGGGGGACACAACGGAUGAGGACUCUCCCUCCACCUCCGCAGCCCCCUCAGCCUCAGGCACAUCGCGAACCUGUAGACAUACCCGGGUCUAAACUGUGCCCAGGAUGCCCUCAAAUAACAUCCCUCUCUCUAGUAGAAUUUCUUUCUCACAUCCUUUCACACACCUUGGUUUCUCUUUUCUUCAAUGGACAACACAGAGGAGGGAAGACCCUUUCUACUAAGGAGGUGAAGCUUCAGUCCCUUUUCCAAGGAGUGCCACUACAGCUGCUCAGCAAAAUGACUGUGAACCCCAAUGCUGAACUGAGGAGUGUGGCGACUAAACUGGAUUCUCCUCCCAGGGCCCCCCACGUUCCUCAAUCCAUGGAGAACUGCUGGCUCUCUCAGGCAUGAGAGCAUGCGUACAGGCAGAGGGGUACCAUACUGUGAUGUUCCUUCUCUGGAACUGUUUUAUCUUUUUAUCUCUUCCCCUACCCAUGUAAGCCCAGCAGCCUCCUCUCUAUUUUGGCUGGGUUUGCCAUUCCCCUACGACAAAUCUCCUGCCCACACCCAGUGAAGGAAGCAGAGCCAGAACUCAACCUUCUCAUCUCUUAGACCAGCAACAAGCUGCACUCAGCCCCAUCCCUUUUGUAAUGAUCAGGUUUCUAACUCAUGGGAAGGAAAAAUGAAAGGUGCUGCUGUUCUACAAUCACCAGUUUUCAGUACUCAGAUUUAAGAGCUCAACUGACUAUCCAGCUCUUGAAAAUAAUAACAAAGAACCUAGAAAAAUGUAUGUGUUACUACGGCUUUUCUGUGGGGUCAAAAAGAGGAUGGGGCUAGUGCUUAGAGGCAGCUACUAAGUAGGUGCAGAGAUGACUAUUGACCAUAUUGGUGCUUUUUUGGCACAGAUCCCUCCCAGUUCCCCUAAAUCUAGGCAGCGUUCCUGGUUUCCUUUUUGCCCCAGAUUCCCUGGGCAAUCUCUCUCCUAGCUGACAUUUGCCAGCUGUCUUUGUGGGAAUGGCCCUCCUGAGCACACGGAGGAGGAGAGAGAAGCUGUUGGGAAAGUCAGUAUUUCCUUCAGCUUUUCCUCCUGCAUUCACAGACCUAAAACAUGGCUCCAGAGCCACCCUUCCCCAGCCUACUUUUGAGCCAACGCAAGAAGGUAAAAAAUAAGUGGUGAACCUGAAGAAUGUCAACCUGUUUCCUUCUCCUCCCUUUUUGGAGGUGGAGGGGGAAAUAUAAGGCCACAUCUGGAAAGCAUGGAUGACCCUUCCAUAGCAUGGGCCACCAUAGUGCCUUCCGUUGUGUGCGCUAUUUCAGUGUCAUGAAAAAUGGGCACAGCUGACUUACUGGCCUCUCCAGGCUGGCUCUUGACAAGAAUCUGGUCCUUAGAUGUAUUUAUACUCAUUCUGACAGCUGUCGAGAGAGUAGAGGAGGAGGAAAGGACAAGUACACAAACUCUUCCACUUGGUUACCUCACUAGGACUUCUACUCAGAAGAUGUAAGAAAGAUUCAAAGGGGGAAUCCAAGCCCCCUCUCUCCCUUGCAACUCCUCUUGGCUACACAAAUGAGGAGGCACAGUGUUGAGAGGGGGUUGCCGUUUUAGAAAUGCUGUCCUCAACAGCCACUACCAAGUCAGGACUUCCACCCUCCACCCAGAAAGAACUACAAGCCCUUAAGAUGGGUGGUUGUUUCCUUUUAUUGGUCGCAAUAGCAUGCUAAGUCCAACCAGCUGUUUCUUUAGCUCAGGUAAACAGAAGCAUGUGCUUUCAGGGCUGAAGGUCUUGGCUAUGAUGUACAUCAUGUUUGCACAGACAGUGCUUAAUGGUUUGUUACAUGUACAGACUCUUGGUGAAGCAGGAGCCUUGGAGAGAUCUAUUGGGUGGAAAUAUAACUCACAGGAUGGCCUCACUCCACUGCCUCCUGAAGUAACGCAGGUUUGGGCAACAAAACCUUUACAACAUGCCUCUCAUUUUCAUCCUCUGAACAAAUUGCUGCAAAUUCUGUACUGAACUAAAGUCAUGUUCCAUAUUAACCUUGGCUACUCACAGCCAAUACUGCAUUGUGAGUAAUUCUGCAGCUCCUGGUAUCCAGUCCAGCACCAAUCUUGAUUACCCUGGCUCGUCCAGGGGUGUUUAGUAAGAUUUCCAUCCUGUUCUCCAUCCCGCUGCCCAGAAACCACGUUACACAAUGUACUGUUGCACUCUAUUCCCCUGCAGUCAUGGUCAUUGCAGCCUAAACCAGCAGUGCAAGCAUCAUUUGUCUGAAGUUCCCAGGGUGCCUGCCAAUAGCCAGCAGCACAUCAUGUGCAGUGAAUUUUAAAAUCUAUUUUUAGGUUCUUCUCUGGAGGAAAGUGAAAGAGGCUUUCCCAGAGCUUUUGUCCAGGCCAGGGAAACUGCAAUCAGAAACACCUGGUUCCUGAUGUGACAAAAACCAGCCAGCCAUCACCCUUGUGUUUCUGCUUUGCACCUGAGCUCCAGAUAAAGCACCAUGCAUACAUCUAGGAGAGAACUAGGGCUCCAGAGGCACGUUUCACAUGGAAGACACCUCUCUCAGUAUUUCACAAAGUAAAAAAUGCUUAACUGGCUGUAUGGUAACCCGGACAAGAAAGCUACUUUCAGCCUUCUUGGGGACAUGAAUAUGUGCUUGAAGUAUUGGGAACAACACCUGAGGCAAGCUGUCAAUGUCAUAAAAACCAGAUGUUUAUCUACUUUUACAUUUGUCUGUUUGUUUAUGGCAGUAGGGGGUCACAUCAAGGAGGCAUCAAACCUCUGUUGUAAAUCAAAACCAGAAUAUAUUCCAAUCUUCAAAAGCAUUUCUCCCCAGCCCUCUCUGUUCAAGGUGACCAACCAACAAUGACAAGAACAAAGGGACACUGUGGAAAUAAAAUAUAUAUUGAUGAUAGCUUUACCUCUGUAAUUUAACAGCAUUUUAGAUUAUUAAACAUGAAGACAUUUUAAAA